UAAAUCAGUUUGACAGUUCAGAAUUCUUAAUAGUGCAAUAAACAGCUGUUUAUUGUGUUUAAAAUACACGUAAAGUGAACAAAAUUGCAUUCUUUGUUGAUCGAUAUAAGUGCAUCAAAUGCGGAUUUUUACAUUAACUGAAUGACAGUAACGUUUUUAUUUACCACAUAAAUGGUACGUAUUCUCUUUCUUCACCCUGAUUUGGGAAUUGGCGGCGCAGAGCGACUAGUGGUGGACGCAGCGCUUGCUUUAAAAUCUCGAGGACAUGAUGUUAGUUUCUUGACAAAUCACCAUGAUCCAAAGCAUUGUUUUAAAGAAACUUCAGAUGGCACCUUGCAAGUCCAAGUCGUGGGCGAUUGGUUGCCACGUAAGAUAUUUGGAAGAUUCUAUGCAUUAUGUGCAUACUUUCGCAUGAUGUAUGCGGCCUUGUAUGCAUCGUUUGUAUUGUCACGACGUGAAAAUAUUGAUAUAUUCUUCUGCGAUCAAAUUUCUGUUGGUAUACCUGUAUUGAAACUAGCUAAAAGCCGGCCAAAAAUUAUUUUCUACUGUCAUUUUCCUGAUCAACUACUAAGUGCACAAGAGGGUUAUCUUAAGAGUGUAUAUCGUGCUCCUCUAAACUAUUUGGAAGAAUUUACCAUUGGUAUGGCGGAUGUGACAUUAGUCAAUUCCAAGUUUACCUUACGUGUUUUUGGUGAUACAUUCCAUCGUUUGAAGAUAGUCCCCGAUGUUUUAUAUCCAACUUUAAACACCGAUUAUUUCGACACUAUGAAAAACAAGAGUUCAGUGAAACAAAGUAACGAAUUCGGUGUAAAGGGCUGUGAAGACAUACCGCGAAAUGCAUUUGUUUUCCUGGAUAUUAAUCGAUAUGAGCGUAAGAAAAACCAUGCUCUAGCUUUGCAUGCCUUCCGUUUAGUCAUCGAUACUUUACCAUCCACGGAAUCGAAACGUUGUCGUUUAGUAAUUGCUGGUGGUUACGAUGAACGUGUUUUAGAAAAUUUGGAGCAUUACGACGAGCUUCGACAGCUGGUGAUCAAACUCGACCUCAAGGAAAAUGUCUUAUUGCUGCGUUCACCGAACGAUGACGAAAAAUUCAUGUUACUUUAUAAAUCAAAUUGUCUUCUAUACACACCCGAUAAUGAGCACUUCGGUAUUGUGCCACUGGAGGGUAUGUACAUGUCGAAACCAGUUAUAGCAGUAAACAGUGGUGGACCAACUGAGACGAUUGUGCACAAUUCUACGGGAUUAUUGAGUGAGAAGCAACCACAGAGAUUUGCAGAAGCCAUGCUACAAAUAUACAAGGAUGACGCGUUGCGCGAAAGAAUGGGUGUAAUGGGACACAAACGAGUACAGCAAAAGUUCUCAUUCGAAGCUUUCAGCGACAAACUCAAUAAUAUUGUGGAAACUAUUAUGAAACCAACAUGGACGAGAGAUAUUAAUGUAAAAAAAGACGCAUGAAUUAAAUAAAA